AUGCUAUCUCCAUCAUGGAAGAGAGCCCUCAUAGCCCUCUACAGCCUUCUACUCACAGUUGUUGUUGUGGUAUAUGUUGUGGAUUUGAUUCUUUAUGAGGAGACCUGGGCUUGUACUGCUUGUCGGGGUGGUCAAGAAGCCUCUCCCAUCCCUCUAUUGGUGUACUUUUCAGUCUGGACUUUUUGGUUGACCAUUGCAGUCUUUUUGUCUUGGAUUUUCUUGGAGAAGAACACUGUAAACCAAGAGGGAGAAAGCAGUGACACAAUCAAUGCUGAUGAGGAACAAGGGGAAGACAAUGAGGCAGCUCCAACCAUGUCAAAAAGGAAGACCACUGCCCAAUAUCUGUUCUCCUUGGCUCUGCCAUUGGCCCUGACAGUAUCACUAACCUACACUUAUUACGUUGCCACAAAUCCAGCAUCUGAGUUUUUCGACAAUGACCUCUGUUACACCGCUUGGCGAUCAUCCAUAUCACGUGAAUUGGAAAAGUGGAUGGCUGAUUUGUAUCUAGUUGGUGCUGUCAUUGCAGAUUGGAUUGUACACUACCUUUGCAGUGUCUUGAUUUUGGUUCUCUACUUCUCCGGAGAACUACGUUACGUGGUUGCCCUCCCAUUGUCAACAAGUUUCUCCAUUUGCUUGGGCAUCAUCAUUGCUCUUGUCCAGCAGAGUGGCAAAACAGCUUACUGUGGGGGCGGCAUUUGGUUCAAUGUGGGGAUCAUUUGCAUGUUUACCCUGAUCUUUCAUGUUACAUUCUAUUUGGGAGCCAAUACAAGAAAAGUGGGUUGCUCUUGCUGCAUUAAUAAUGAUGCUCAACCAAAGGAAAACUGCAAUAGGCCUGACUGUAAGGAUGCCAAGAGAGGUCUUGACAUGCCUGGAAGUGAUCUUAGUAUCCCUGGAGGGGAUCUUAGUAUCCCUGGAUAA